UUCAUACCUGCUACUUCACCGAUUCUCUACUGCCCUGCCCUGUCAACAGCGCAGUAUCACUCCAACCAAGCCAAGAUUUUGUAAUAAAAUCGACGCAAUCUGCUCUGCACUGCACUGCACUGGUCAACUAUGCUACGCCCCUGGUAACCGCACUUUCCAAUUUUCAUUUGCGGACGACUCACGGCGGACUACAGCAGUGGAGGCGACGGCAGAGCGGGGGUGGCGAGGUGAACGAAUCGGAAACCCUUGCGCUUUGCGUUAGGGUUCUAUUGUAAUCUUCGCGCCGUUCUCGUGAUGCACGCUUGCCUCAAAGGAUCAAAUCCUUAGAGUUGAUCUGUAUUCUAAGGUGUAGUUUUUGUUAGGCAACAAGCAGAUUAAUCAAUUCACAUGGCUGAUUCGGAAGAAAAUAGUGCCUUGUUUCCGAUUUUCAUCUUGUCGGUAAUUGCAUUGCCUCUGGUUCCUUAUACAAUACUGAAGUUAUUCCGGGCUGCCACAAAGAAAACAAGGAGCAUUCACUGUGGAUGCUCUGACUGCACUCAUUCGGGGAAAUAUCAGAAAACUGUUUUUCAACGGAUAACAAAUGUCACGACAUGUGGUAACCUCACCCUGGUGCUGCUGUGGAUCAUCACAGGGUUUCUUGUUGUUUAUGUUAAAAACAUGAAUCAGGAGAUUCAAGCCUUCGAACCAUUUAGUAUUCUCGGAUUAGAGCCAGGAGCAUCAGAAUCUGAGAUUAAGAAAGCAUACAGGAGACUCUCCGUCCAGUACCAUCCUGACAAGAAUCCCGACCCAGCCGCUAAUAAAUAUUUUGUGGAGUCCAUAGCAAAAGCCUAUCAGGCUCUAACCGAUCCAAUUUCACGGGAGAAUUUUGAAAAAUACGGUCAUCCCGAUGGUAGGCAGGGCUUUCAAAUUGGAAUUGCCCUUCCUAAGUUUCUUCUUAAUAUUGAUGGCGGAUCUGGUGGGAUAUUGUUAAUGUGGAUAGUGCUUCUCUUCAUUCUGUUUCCGUUGGUGGCAGCUGCCAUCUAUCUUUCAAGAUCAUCAAACUAUUCAGGAAAUAAUGUCAAGAAUGACACCCUAGGUGCCUAUUUUCAGUUAAUGAAGCCUUCCUUGGCCCCUAGCAAGAUCAUUGAAGUCUUCAUAAAAGCUGCUGAAUUUAUGGAAAUUCCAGUUCGUAGAUCAGAUGACGAAGCCCUCCAGAAACUUUUUACAGUAGUAAGAAGCGAACUUAACAUCGACAGGAACAACAAAAAAGAACAAGCCAAAUUUUGGAAGCAGCAUCCAGCACUUAUUAAGACUGAACUGUUGAUCCAAGCACAUUUGAUGCGUGAAGCUGCAGCCUUAACCCCAGAUUUGGAACGCGAUCGCAAGCGUGUGCUCCAACUUUCACCUCACCUCCUUGACGAGCUAAUGAAGAUGGCAAUUGUUACUCGAACUUCCAAGGGCCAUGGUUGGCUCAGGCCUGCAAUUGGAGUCAUCGAACUUUCGCAAUGUAUUAUUCAGGCCGUUCCCCUUAGUGGUCGGAAGGCUGAGGCCACCACCCCCUUUUUACAGCUGCCUCAUUUCAAUGAUGAUAUAGUAAAAAAAAUCACCCGAAAGAAGUUGCGGACAUUCCAGGAGUUUCAGGACAUGUCCAUGCAACAGCGCACCGAACUCCUAUCCGAAGCAGCCGAAUUCACACCCCUUCAAGUGGAAGACGUCGAGAAGGUAAUGGAACUCAUUCCUUCUCUAACAGUCGAAGUUUCUUGCGAAACUGAGGGAGAGGAAGGAAUACAAGAAGGUGACAUAGUCACCUUUCAAGCCUGGAUUAAUCUGAACCGUCCAAAUGGCUUGAUCGGCGCCCUCCCCCAUGCCCCCUACUACCCCUACCAUAAGGAGGAAAAUUUCUGGAUUCUGCUGGCCGACCCCAGUUCGAACGCCGUGUGGUUUUUCCACAAGGUGAGCAGUUUCCUCGACGAAGCCACUGCAAUCAAGACUGCAUCGGCAGCGAUCGAGGAGAAAAUGGAAGUUAUCGGGGCGAGUCCCAAGGAAACAACGGCAGCUAUAAAGGAAGCGGUCGAGAAAGUGAAGAACGGGUCUCGGCUGGCCAUGGGGAAGUUCCUGGCCAAGGCUGAGGGUAACUUCAACCUCACUUGCUACUUACUGUGCGACUCGUGGAUCGGCUGCGACCACAAGUCGAAUUUAAGGUUGAAAGUUGUGAGGAGGACACGGGCAGGCACCCGAGGCGGGCAGGGCAUGGAAUCAAUGCAGGAUGGUAGUGAGGAGGACGAGGAAGUCGAGGAGGACGAGGAUGCGAUUCAGAGCGAGUACAGCGACGAGGAAGACGACGGGAAGAGAGGGCGUGGCAAGGGAAAGAAGAGUGUUGAUUCGGAGAGUGAAAGUUCAGAGGAAGAAUGAGGGAGGUAAAAUAGAAGAGACAGGCUUGUUUUGAUGAUUCUUGUUUUUUUUGCCAGAAAAAGGGUUUUUUGUUUUUGUCAUUACAAUAUCAUCGUCUGUUGCAAUUAGAGAUGACAUUCUGGAAAAUUUUGAGUAGCUAAUGUUGGAGACUGACUAGAAAUUGUUUUUUUUUUUUUUUAAAUAAAAUAAAAUUAUGUGACGACUUAUUACUGAAAA